AUGUCCAAGUUACUACGACUCUUCACUUGCUUUGUUGCCCUCGCCGCCUGGGCCAGCGCGGCCGGGACCUUUCGGGUUCGUGAGCCGCCCGAGUCGCUAUGUCCCACGGCGGGCGACGGCAUGGUUGGCUAUUACGACUUUGAUGACGACGCCAAACACUUGUUCUUCUGGUUUGCUGAGAGCCGCGGUGACCCCGCCAACGACCCCUUGGUGCUCUGGAUGAGUGGCGGCCCUGGAGCCUCCUCGGUGGCUUUUGGCUUGUUUGAAGAGCUUGGCCCCUGCUUGAUCGAGAAGCCGGGUGCUGCCAAGGGGAACCAGUACGCGUGGAACAGCAAUGCCAACGUCCUCUUUGUCGAUCAGCCCGUCAGAGUAGGGUACUCGUACUCGGACGAUCCGGUCAAGACACUCGCCGAGGCGACGGAGGACAUGUACCGCUUCCUCGCUGCCUUCAUCGCGGAGUACCCCCGUUUCGCAUCGCAGGACUUUUACAUCAUAGGCGAGUCCUUCGGCGGGACGUGGGUCCCCGCCCUCGCGCGCGCCAUCGACUACAAGCAGUCGUCCCCGAUGGCGCACCUCGUCCGCGCGACCUCGGCGGGGAACGCCAGCCGCCCCAUCAACCUCAAGGGCAUCGGUCUCGGGAACGCCCAGCUGUCGCAGGCGCUGCAGUGGCCGGGCUUCUACCCGACCGGCUGCGGGGGCGAGGAGCCGCUCUUCAACGCGACCGCCUGCGCCGCCAUGGAGGCCGGCAUGGCCGAGUGCGUCGCGAUGCUCGAGAUCUGCGCCGGCAGCGCCGACGUCUGCGGCCCCGUGCUCGACCGGUGCCGCCGGCAGAGCGUCUUCCUCAUCCUCGAGACCGGGCUCAACCCGUACGACUUCCGCAAGCCCUGCAAGGUCCCGGGCCUGUGCUUCGAGGAGGCCGUGUGGGUCGAGGAGUACCUCAACUCGACGGGGGCCAGGGAGGCGCUUGGCGUGCCUCUGGACGUCCAGUUCAACAACGUUGACGAGGAACUGGGUGCCGACUUCCUCGCUUCCGGCGACAUGGCCGUGGAUCCGAUCGGAUGGGUGGAGGAUCUUCUCGACAAGACCACCGGAACCCAGGAGUACCGUGUGUUGAUCUACGCCGGGAACAAGGACUGGUUCUGCAACGCCGAGGGCGAGCGGCGCAUGGCCGACGGGAUCCGUUGGGAGCACCAGAGCAGCUUUCAGGCCGCGCGGGCGAGGGACUGGUCCGUACGAGGGCACGUCGCCGGCAACCUGAAGGAGUACGGCAGGUUGGCGUUCGCCGAGGUGUAUGAUGCAGGGCACAUGGUCCCCGCGGACAAGCCGGAGGAGGCGCUUUUCCUCAUCAACAGCUGGCUAGGCGGAUCCUUGUAG